UUGUAUUCUUGUCCUAAUCAUGGUUUCAAUUUAUUGAUUCAACUUCAUUUAUGUUGUUAUAUAUUUUUUGUUCCACUGUCGGAUUCAGAUUCGGGUUCUAAGCGGAUUUGAAUUUUAUGGAUGGAAUGAAUUUGUGAUUAAAUGGGUUCGGAUAAUAAGUAGGUAAUUUUAAACCGAUUUGGAACGAAUUCGAAUAUUGUCGUUUUAUUUCUUAAUGGAUUUGGAGGAUAGUUAAAUUAACAAUCAUGUCGGGUAGUUUAAUUCCAGCGGGUACCAACCCCGCCGCCCUCCCUACUCAGGACUAAAUAGCAGUUUCUCCUUAAUAAUUCGUAGCUCAUUCUCGUCUAUCUGUCGCCGCUUUCUUCUUACUUGCCUUUGCCCAUGCCAAAUACAAGUUCAAGCCAUUAAAACUUCCAACGAAUUGUAACCCGAAGACUCUCUUCUGUUACCUUCUCAUCCUGCAGCCAUUAAAACAAAUCAGACCUGCGCGGCUGCUGCUGGGAAGAAAGCCGCUUCCUGUACUGCCAUCUCACUGAAAAAGCAGAAAGUGAAGCUAAACUCCCUUCAAUUCAAUUUUUGAGAAGGCUCGAUUGCAAUAAUGGCUUAUGUUCAACAUGGCAGAAAUGCCUUGCGGCAAAUUAUUAAAGGUGCCAACCUUAAGAGGUCUGAUAGUGCUAUACCUCCGCUUCUCUAUUUUUGCCAAGGGGUUCGACAUAGAAAGUUGGAUGUUAUUCUUACAACUAACAUAGAGAAGCUUGGAAAAGCUGGUGAGACAGUGAAAGUCGCUCCUGGGUAUUUUCGGAACCAUCUCAUGCCCAAAUUGCUUGCUGUCCCUAAUAUUGACAAAUUUGUUUACCUCAUAAGAGAGCAGCGCAAGAUUUAUCAACCCGAGGAAGAAGAAGAAAUUAAAGUCAUUAUAGAGACCGUGGAGGAUAAGAUGAAAGAAUACGAGACAGCAGCAAGACGCCUGACUAAUUCCCAACUGACGAUCAGGGCAGGGAUCAAUGCUGAGAAAUUCCGUGCUCGUGCAACAAAAGAUGAAGCUAUAGAAAUCCGUACACCAGUUACAGUGGAUGAUAUUGUGAAGGAGGCCAUACCUUUUGCAUUCCAUAGCUUCAAGCGGGGGUAGAAACUAGUAAGUUAGGAAUGGCUUGCAGAUGCUUAAUACACUGGAAACAUGGAUUUUAAAUAAACAUCUUUGACCAGAAAAAUACACAUCAUUGUAGUAGUGGCUGCUGUCCUAGGCUUUGGACUGGUCUCUGGAUGAUUUCAUCAUAUAUGUCUAAGUUAUGAAAUUAUUGUUUGGUGUCAUCUUUGUAACCGUAAAUGUAAGCCUCUUAUUCACAAAUGAACUUGUGGAGGGUUUGGGUUUUAAGAUAUAUGUUGCCAAUGAAAUUUUGUUGUUGAGGUUGUUGAGUCGCAUGGAGCAGAGAUGUUUAAUUGUGUUGUGC